AUGUCUCUUAGAGUAGUACGAGCUUUAAAUCAUGUUGUUAAGGAAGUUACUGAUGCUGUUAUUCACAUAGCUGUUUCUGCUGGUAAUGAUUCUAAAAAUGCUUGUGGACAAUCACCUGCACCUGCACCUUCAGAUUGCAGCAGUGCUAAUAUUAUUGACAAUAGUGAUUAA